UAACGGUAAAUGCCGCAACGGUCGUCGGACGACUACGUUCAAUCGUGCGCUAGUACGUGGCUUUCGGUCAUAUAUAUAUUUCCGUAGGUACGCCGUUUUCGUAUUUUUAAUUUUAUUUCGUUUCGUCAACCAUUUGACACUGUACAACUAAACUUUACGCCAAGCAUUAUUCCGGUCAAUCGGCUCUGCAGUCACCGCAUCGUUGCAACUCGCACAAUCACAUCGUCUCUCUCUAUUGCUCCACACGAGCAAACGGGCGCCACCCGCGAGCAGCGUUCGCCGCCCCGUACGCGGAACAGCACCACCCACACCACCCGCAGCACCGGCGACAACACGACCGGCCGGAAUAGCAGCCGCCGACGGGAUAACCACCAAGCGCGAUGUGACCGCCGUUCAGUGGGUGGACGGCCACCAUGGACCCGCAGAUGUGGUGGUACGACACGGGACUUGUACCGGGAGGUGUGCAGUUAGCUGCAGUUGUCGGUAACGGCACGGGCGGCGGAGGCAUCGGCGGCGGUGUCGGUGUCGACGGAGACGGCGGCGGCGGCGGCGGCGGCGGCGGAGGCGGUGGGUGCAACAAUAAUAGCAGCGGCGGCGGCGUCGGCGCAGUAGCGGCCGGUGCAGUCGGUUGCGCAAUCGGACCGGACAACAAAACGACGCACACGGUGGCCGGAAACGGCGGGACGGCCGCUAUCGGCGGCGGCGACGUCAUAGACGCCGGUGCGACGGCGGGCGACGUCGUGGCCGGUGCCGUGGGCCCGGUGCUCAUCAUCAAGACGGUGGCCAUGUGCUCGAUAAUACUGUGCGCGGUGCUGGGCAACGCGCUAGUGGUGAUCAGCGUGGUGCGGCACCGGAAGCUCCGCAUACUCACCAACUACUACGUCGUGUCGCUGGCGUUCGCCGACUUCCUGGUCGCGCUGUGCGCCAUGUCGUUCAACGCCAGCGUCGAGAUUACCGGCAAGUGGAUGUUCGGGUACGUCAUGUGCGACGUGUGGAACAGCCUGGACGUGUACUUCUCCACCGCGUCCAUACUGCACCUGUGCUGCAUAAGCGUGGACCGGUACUACGCCAUCGUCAGCCCGCUGCAGUACCCGAUCACCAUGACGCAGCGCACCGUACUGUACAUGCUGCUCAACGUGUGGACACUACCGGCGCUUAUAUCGUUCUUGCCGAUAUUCUUUGGUUGGUACACGACCGCCGAGCACCAGGCGUUCCGCCGCAAAAACCCGAUGUCGUGCGUUUUCGUCGUCAACCGGUACUACGCAAUCAUAUCGUCGUCCGUAUCGUUUUGGAUACCCGGCGUCGUCAUGAUCGUCAUGUACUACAGGAUCUAUAAAGAAGCCGUUCGACAACGACAAGCCCUGUCCCGAACGUCCAGUAAUAUAAUUUUGAACAGCAUACAUCAACACAGGAUUCAACAUUAUAGUCAUAGAUUACGACCUCCAGAUAGCGAAAACACAUCAAAUGGAAAUGUUCCAACGGCGACAAAGACCACUAGCACAAGUUGGAGGACCGAACACAAAGCUGCUCGCACGCUGGGGAUUAUCAUGGGCGUAUUCCUGUUGUGCUGGUUGCCAUUUUUUCUUUGGUAUGUGAUAUCGACUUUAUGCGGAGAUCCUUGUAGCUUCCCGGAAACACUUGUGACUGUGCUGUUUUGGAUCGGUUAUUUCAAUUCAUCACUGAACCCACUGAUAUAUGCCUACUUCAAUAGAGACUUCAGGGAAGCAUUCAAAAACACGCUGCAGUGUGUGUUCCCGUGUUGUCAGUCAUGUUGUCCAAAAGAAAGCGAUACAACAGCCAUGAGCUAUGUUUAACCUGUCGGCAAUAAUAAUAAAUAAUAAUAAUUAUUAAUAUUAUUAUUAUUACUACUAUUAUAAUUAUAAUAAUAUAUUAUAUAAAAGUUAUAACAAUAUUAUUACAUUAAGUAUUUUUGUUUCAAUGGAGUUACUCUAUAUAAGUCGAACAUUCUUAGAUAUGAAAACUAUUUGCGUUGUACAUUUGUUAUUGUUCAAUGGUAGGCUAAUGACUUAGCCGUUAAUAUAAAUCAUUAUAAUGUUGUACUAAAAAUAAAUAAAUAUUAAUUGAUA